CAGUCUUAAUGAAUCUUACGACUUAAUAUCUACUCUACUAGUCUAAUAAAUUACCGAGCACAAUAAUAAAUAUUUUAAAAAAUGGAUAUCGUAUUUCGUACCCGCACUCCUGGGGCCGCUGCUGAGGGUGUACGGGAUCAGUACGCCGAUGGAAAAGCUGCUGAAGUCUGGAAAACUUUAAUUGGAGAUAAAAAACAACGUACUCAAGUUUACAAAGACUUCUUAGUGGGUUUGUUACGUGAAAAUGGUUGCAAGAGAAUCCUUGAUGUUGCCUGCGGCACAGGAAUCGACUCUAUAAUGCUCAUUGAAGAAGGAUUCCAAGUUGUCAGUGUUGAUGCUUCUGAUAAAAUGCUCAAACAUGCGCUCAGUGACCGCUGGGACAGAAGAAAAGAACCUGGUUUUGAUAAAUGGGUUAUUGAAGAAGCCAAUUGGUUAACACUGACUAAAGACAUAGGACAUCUAAUUGGCGAUGGUUUUGAUGCUGUGAUUUGUUUAGGCAACAGUUUCGCUCAUAUCCAUGACGCCUACGGUGAUCAGAGAGAACAAAAACAAAUAUUAAAAAACUUUGAGAUGUGUCUUAAACCAGGUGGUUUUCUUCUUAUCGAUCACAGAAAUUAUGAUCAUAUUUUGGAAGGUGGGGUUGCUCCAGCUAGAUGCAUUUACUAUAACAGCCCGCAUACAAAAGAUAUAAAAACUUCCGUCUUGUGGGUUUCCGGUGAGCCCCAUAUGGUUAUGCUGGAUUACUUCUUGUCCUUGGAUGAAAAUAACGAGGAUCCAGAGAAUCGAAAUGAAUUUCGCUUAUCAUAUUAUCCUCAUCGGCUGAAUGUCUUCAAAGAUAUGUUACGAGAAAUAUUUUCCCAAAAAACCCACAAAAUUUUCGGUGACUUUAAACCUCUUAGUGAGGUAAAAAUACCAGCAUUUUUCAUUCAUGUCAUUGAAAAAAAAUAAUUGUCAACUAUAAUUACACAGUGAAAAAUCAGGAGUGAAUACGGAUUUUCUUCCAAUUCGUAUUCACUCUAAUCGGAGUUUUAAUGCUUGAAUAAAUUUAUAUUCAAUAAUAACAGCUGUUAAUUAGAAACAUA